GUUCAAACUUUGGGGCAUUCUCACACAACAGCUUUCUUCAUAUUUCUUUUGGUUGCUUCCUAUAUCUUGCCAUUUCGUAAUCUUAAAUAGUAUGUAAGUUUGGUAAUUGCUUCAAUUUUUAUGUGGUAUACAAUUUACUGCUCCAUGUUUGGUUUUAACACCUAUUCAUUUUAUACUAAAAUUUAUAUAAAUUUCAAUUUGAAAAAUUCUUCUCCAUUUUAAAAGUAUCUUGCUACAUGGAUGUAUGCUACCCCCCGCAAAAAAAUUCCCAUUUGGUGGGCAAAACUAGUCAUGUGAUUCUUUAUGUCCCACUCCAAAUAUUUCAAAUUGGCUUGCUAAAAACCCAGAGCUGAAACAAGUUCCCAUUACUCAGAUGCAGCAUUAGAUUUGUGAUUCAUAGAUUCAUGACAGUGUUUUGGGUGAUUCUCUGGGUGUGUACACAAAGAGAUUUGCCUAAUUCCAGGCACUUAGUUGAACCAAUUCCAAGAAAGGGAAUUCGGAAUUCAAACAGAGCCACAUCCCCUUCCCUCUUUACAGUGGCACAAGAUGAAACUGUCCAACUUGUCUGUAUUGACAGCUUACCACUUCGUUUAUUUAAACAAAACAAUGUGUAUUUGAUUGGUGUUAUUCAAUCAUCUAAAAUUUUUUACUAGUUCUGUAUUAUGUGUGAAUGACUCCCUCAAGCCUUCUGGGGGAAGACUUGCUGCAGGUAUUGUGAAUUCUUCCUAGUAUUUUGGCAUAGCACAGUUAAAUAUAGCACUUUAAAAUAACACUGUACUUACGAGCAGGAUUUAGCUUUUUUAAGAUAGUGUUUCGGGAAACUUGGCAAAGGGCACGUGUUGUGUGCCUUAAUACUUCUAAAAAGUUCUCCACAAAAGGAAGUGUAUGGUUUGUGCGACUCUCGAUAAGGGGUAUCUAACACUAGCAGUCACAUUAAAAACACACUCCAGUUCUGAUACCAGUAUGGACUUUUCCCUAAAGCAGCAUUUGCAAUACUCAGAGGAACAGGCUGAACCAAGCAAGGGCUCUUCUUCUCUCUCUCUUCAACACUGUUAUAGCAUUGUAUUUUCAACUUUUUGCAGUAUGAUUUGAAACAGUGACCAUGGAUUUUUCACGUCUUCACACGUAUACCCCUCCCCACUAUGUGCCAGAGAACACUGGCUAUACCUAUGCACUCAGUUCGAGUUACUCGUCAACAGCUCUAGAAUUUGAGCGCAAACACAAACUGGACCCUGUGUUCGACUCCCCAAGGAUGUCGCGGCGCAGCCUGCAUCUGUCUGCUGCAGCGUGCAGCACACCCGAGGACGCCCACAGCGAGAGCGUCUUCGGCAGUGGCAGCUCCCGCACCGGGAAGAAGGGCUUUGCAGAACAGGCAUCCAAAAUGACAAAGCAGCGCAAAAGCGUGAUGAAGCCGCCUGGCUCUGUCAGACGUACGCCAAGAAAAAUCGCUCCCAGCUCUUCCAUGUUUAGCCACAGUAGUUUCAGCAGCCACGCGAGCGAUGGGUCCUUCAUGUCCACCAUAUUGGAUGAGUCUUCCAUUCAGGAACAGACAGCUGUGGACCAUUUCUGGGGACUCGAUGAUGAUGGUGACCUCAAAGGUGGGGAUACCACAGUGAUUCAGGCUAAUGGCAGCAUUGUGGUAGGCGAGAACCAGACCGCGCUGAGCAAUGGGUACACGUGCAGUGACUGCAGCAUGCUUUCGGAGCGGAAGGAAGUCCUCACGGCAUACUCAGCCCCUCGCCUGCCCUCCUCUAGGGUUUACUCCAGGGAUCGCAGCCAAAAGCACAAAUCAAGGGGCCUCUCUUUCUACACAAAUAAGAUUCAGCGAGCGGCCAAGUAUACCGCAACUUCAUUCACAUCCCUCAUAGUGCAGCUAUUUCAGAUGAUCUUGCUGAAGCUGGGCUAUGAUUGUAAAGGUCACUCUAAUUACUGUGGGAGCAUGAAUGUAAAAGAAUAUCUCAGGGAAGAUGGCCACCUGGGCAUUAACGGGGAAUCACUGUGUGAUGACUGUAAGGGGAAGAAACACCUUGAAACAUACACAGCAGCCCACAUGCAAUCCUCAAGGUCUAAAAGGGUAGCAAGGACCAUGUGGCACAUCUUUUCUUACGCAGGUUACUUCUUGCUGCAUUUGUUGCAAAGACUGGGAGCAACAGGAAGGUUUGUGUCCAGGAAGGUUGUGUCUCUCCUUUGGCUGGCUGUUAUGUCUCCAGGGAAGGCAGCUGCAGGAGUGUUCUGGUGGCUUGGGACUGGAUGGUAUCAACUUGUGACCCUGAUUUCUUUGCUGAAUGUAUUCCUUCUGACAAGAUGCCUUCCAAAGAUGUUCAGGUUGCUGUUGUUUCUCCUCCCGCUGCUGCUGUUGCUAGGUUUGUGGCACUGGAGUCGUGAAGGUUUCCUUUCACUGUUGCCAGUUUUGAACUGGACAAGUUUACACAGAACACACAGGUGGGAAGAUUCUGCAAAGGACCUUGAGCCACGGCCUGAUUCAUUCUCUGCUGAUCGGUAUUCAGAAGACUCUGUGAAGUUCUUUGGCACAAGUCGUAUGGAUGAUCUGGAAAAGCAAGUGGCCUUCAUGUCAGAGAGGUGGCAUCACCGAGAUGAAGAAUUCUCUAAAAUGCUAUUCCUGCUGCACAACCUUCAAGACAAAGUUACCCAGAUGAGUGACAGAAGCGAAAUGUUGGUACUCAUAAAAAACGUUGUAGGCCAGCAUCUUAAAGAGAUGAAAGCUGAGGAAGCUGCACACCCUGCGCAUGAAUAUUUGGCCGGGCAUCAGGAACAUGAAUGGCGCAUUGUGGCGUUAGAAGAUCUCCUUGCAAAACUUUCUAAAAAUUCUGAGGGCUUCCAAAGGGAACUUGAGCUAACCAAAGCAAAAAUAGUGAGCGACACUGACGAACAAACCAAACACCUCAUAUCCAAGAUUAAGCAGCUAGAACUUGAGUUGGCUCACAUGAAAUCAGAGCUGCUAAAUUCACAGGGUGUGAGAACCUGCUGUGACGACAUGGGUUCCCUUCAUGAAAAGGUAGAUGCUCAGGUUAAAGAAUCGAUCAGGUUUCUGCUUUUUGGUAACCAACAAGGAGACUUGCCAGAACCACUGCUUCAGUGGCUAAUGUCCAAAUUUGUGAGCAAGAGCGACUUCCAUGUUCUGUUGCGAGAUUUGGAAUUGCGCAUCCUCAGGAACAUAACUCUCCAAAUGUCUGUCACAAAUACGAAGUCUGUCUCAGAGGUGGUAACAAGUGUUGUGAACGAGGCUGGGAUUGCAGGCAUCUCAGAAGCGCAAGCACGCCUUAUCGUCAAUAAUGCACUGAAGCUUUAUUCUCAAGACAAGACCGGCAUGGUAGACUUUGCUUUGGAAUCUGGAGGUGGCAGCAUUUUGAGUACUCGCUGUUCAGAAACAUACGAAACCAAAACAGCACUAAUUAGUCUCUUCGGGAUUCCUUUGUGGUAUUUCUCUCAGUCUCCUCGGGUAGUGAUCCAGCCGGACAUGUAUCCUGGAAACUGCUGGGCUUUCAAAGGAUCCCAGGGAUAUCUCGUCGUCAGGCUUUCCAUGAUGAUCUAUCCUACAGCUUUCACCCUGGAACACAUACCAAAAUCGCUUUCCCCAACAGGCAAUAUUACCAGUGCACCAAAGGAUUUUACAGUAUAUGGUCUUGAAAAUGAGUAUCAGGAAGAAGGUGAACUUCUGGGGCAAUAUACAUAUGAUCAAGAUGGAGAGUCACUACAGAUGUUUCAAGUAAUGGAGACAACUGAAAAAGCAUUCCAGAUAAUGGAGCUAAGAAUAUUUUCCAACUGGGGCCAUACAGAAUAUACUUGCCUCUAUCGGUUCAGAGUACACGGGAGACCUGCUGAAUGAACACUACAUAUACUUUUCUGCUUUUGUUGUACAUUUUUUCUCUCUGUAUGUGUUGUUUGUAUAUACAUACACACAUACAGACACACACACAUAUAAAGGAAAAGCCUAGAACACUGGAAUCCUUAAAAGAUGUGGAUAUGUAAUGCACAGCAGGUGUCAUAUUCCUCCUUGGCUAAGUGUAGAAGACUGUCAACAGAAUUGUAUACCAAAUCCAAUGGUUAUUUGCUCAGAUGCUCAGCUUGUUACUGCCAGGUAGCUUGAUAUUUUUAAUGUGUUCAUUCUGAGAAAAAAAAGAUAUUGCAUGCCAACUGCUCUCAUUUGCAAAACUCAGUUAAUACCUAUUUUAUUACUUCAGCAUAUAAAACUUUUAAAACUUCUUUUUGGCAGCUAGGAAUCUGUUUUUAACAUUGGGGCCCAUCUUCACACCAGAGGGCGAUUUAAAAAAAUGACUGUGGAUGCACAGUAUAUUCCACCCUGUGAUUCUGCAGUUCCCUGUCAUUCACAUGGGGAUUUGUUUGAGCUUCCAUCACAGCCUUCUUGCAGCAACAGACCAUGUUUUCCCAGCGGCUGGUUCAUUGCCUCUACAGACAGGCAUAGGGCACAGCUUCCCAACCCUUUAAAGGCUUCGUAAAUGCUCAGCAGAAUCUCACACCAGUGCUAUAUUUUGAGGAGAAAAUGUGCCUGAAGCAGUCAUCUCCUGGAUUUAGAACAUCUUGCUAUAAAAGGACUUAUAUGAUAAGAAUACAUUUUGCUUUAAUAGUACCUAUAGCAGGAAAAGAAUGGCGCCAAAAGCUAUUCAGACACCCAACUGGUAACAAAACUAAGAAUUAAACAAAAGAAAAACCUCAAGUAUCAAUAAUAGUUGAUUUAAAAAGACAAAGGCUUAAAAUUGUGACUUUUUUUAUCUUCUCCGCUUGAGCAAGUUGAUGGUCAGAGUAGCUAGUAGCAAUUGAAUGAAUUAGUAUGUUGCCUUGUAUGUUGAGAGUAAAUUUGAUUAAGUGUUUCAGUGUAAGGUCAGGCAGAUGUAGAAGGUGAACAAAGUGGAAUGAGGUAACAUUUAGAAGAAAUGGCUUAGGUGGGAUUGAAUUAGAAGGACUCACAAGAUUAGAUGCUAUGCAAUGGGAGAGAAUGAAAAAGAAACAUAGAAGUGAAACCAGACUUGGAUGACAACCCCAGAAAUGUUUGCCUUCAGAAAAAAUAACUUGCAAACCUGACUCAUGCCUGGAGCUUAUUCACACAUUCUGUUUUGUGUUGUCUACCUUCUCAAAACCUCGUUGGGUAUUGUGGGGUUGCUGCUAAUCUCUGGAAAGCCAGAGGAAAUUUUGCAAGAUUGAUUCUGUGAAUAAUCCUCAGAGUCAUGAUUUUCAAAUCAGUUCUCCAGAAAACCCAUCUGUUUGGUUAAAAAGUGCAUGCACACAAGAACAACUUGGUUAUAAACUUCAGGACUGCAGUUGAAGUUUCCCUAGAGCUCUUGUAGAAGAUGGAAUUUCCCAUUACAUGCCCCUACAGCUUAAUAGCCUUUUAAAAUUUAAUUUGAAAUUAUCAUUAGAAAUCUGCUUAGGAAAAAGAUUCCUUAAUCUGAUGGUGUGUAAAAUUUUUACUUUAUGCCCUGCCCCCCCCCUUUUCUUUUUGGUGCAGGGGAAACAACUUAGAAUAUUUUGUUUGUAUUUUGGGAGGGAAAGACAAGAUGGUGCUGACUGCUUUUCUGGACAGAGUUAAUGUAUGUUGCACAGGAGUCCAUAAAUAUUUAUAAAGAGUUUUAUUUCCAGAGGACCAUUUGUUUACCUAAGUUCAGCUAGAAAUGGAAACAAUGGCCUACCGAAGAGUUUAUUGAAACCUGUACAGGUGUUUCAUAAACUCUAGAUUAAAUAUAUAAACCAGAAUUAACCUGUAUAAACCCAAAUUGGGGUAGCUAAGGGAGUGGGGAAAUUUUGCAUAACACUAACUUAUUUUUAAAGAAGCAAGAUAGGACUUCGUGCAAUGUAUUUUUGUAAAUGCUUUUUCAAAAUAUUUGUCUCUGGUAUCCUUUGCUGCCUCCAAACUGACAAGAAGCUAUUGAAAAUGUUUAAGAGUUUUAAUUUUUUGAAAAUGCAUGUAAUAUUUGGAACUAAACAAUAAAGUUUCCUUUUUUGAUA